UUCCUGAUGAAGACAGAAGCUCCUUCUCUGGUCCUGUGUGAGCGACGGUUUCCUAUGCCAUGAGUAAUACUACCCUGCCCACCUCCCCUGAGGCAACCAGCGACUCUUUGGUGGGCUAUGUUCUGGUGCCGUUUUUCCUUAUCACUGUGGUUGGGAUCAUCCUGGCUGUGAUGAUGUAUAUUCAGAAGAAGAGGAGGUAUGACCGGCUACGUCAUCACUUGUUGCCAAUGUAUAGCUACGAUCCUGCGGAGGAACUGCAUGAAGCAGAACAGGAGCUCCUAGUGGAGCCAGAGGACACAAAGGUGAUGCGAGGUUGGGGAGGAUACCAGCCCUACCAUGCUUCGCUUACGGAUGUGAAGGCUUAAUGCAACUUAAAACAGAUUGACAACAGGGCUUGGGGCGGAUGAUCUCGCUGAUCUGGUCCGCAUGUCGACUUGAAGUGCUCCCAAAUGCCAUCGACUUUGAACCUGCUGCGUUUGUUUCCCACUUCAAUACUGUACCCCUUUGCCUUGGCUCCUGGUGAAAGAACGCAAGUGAGCGCCUGCCCUGCUGGGUCUCAACACAGGUGUCUCUGAGCCCU